GACUAAUCAAAAUUGAAUCGCCGCUUUCCAUCGAACCGAUAGCCAUAGGCUGCUGCAUUUUUUGUGUCCACCAGCGCAGGAUUGCGAUGUUUAAAGAAACUACCAUGACCAUGAGCGGGACGAGAGGCGCUAUUCGGGAUUCCUUCAACUUCCCGCGGAUAGAAAGCUUCGAACAUGCCCUCAGGUGGAAGGCAGCAUUCUGCUAUUUUGGGAUCAUUUGGAUCAUAGGGUUUGGCAUUCAUCAGUGGCAUUCGGGCCAACGAGAAAACAGCCAAUAUAUUGAAUAGUUUUGUAACCACAUUCAUUAUGUAUCAAUUACGCACGCACGCGAGCGGUUUGUUUACUUUUACUUUUCGGCUACAAGACAAGACAGAACUGAACCCGCUUAAGCCCCGUUAAGACCCGUUGCAAGCUGUGGACCAAGUAAACUUACCAAUGUUGGCCAAAACGAAUGGCUGGUGUAGCAUUAAUAUGAAUCCCACAUUAUCAACGAUUUCGCGCAUCAUAAAAGCCGAACAAAGGACCACAGUUUUUAAGGAAAAUUGAUUAAAAGAACUUCAUUGAAUCAAACAACACACUGUUUAUAAUGACUAUCCACCAAGGAAAGCUGGUUGUAGAUCUAACAACUUUGACCGAGCCCCUCAAUAAUCAUGAACGCUAUCCUCCUAUUCCGUUGCCACCGCCUGAGAGAAGAGAACCAUCAACAACAUCUCAGGCGUUUGACGCUGCGGUGCUGUUUAAAGCAGCACCGCUCUCGGAGUCUGAACAAAUCACAGUACGAGUACCUACCCAUGGGUAUGAGGAAGUCUAUGGGGAGGAGGUUAAGAACAUACACUUCGACGACCAGACCAUACGCAAAGGCUUCAUUCGCAAGGUUUAUUCCAUUCUGCUGGUACAAUUGCUUUUCACCUGUGGAACUAUCGGCCUUUUUCUGUACCACGAGCCAACAAAAAUGUUUGUGCAGAAGAAUCCCGUUGUGCUCAUAGUGGCCGCAGUCCUUAAUAUCAUAGUUCUGAUCAUGAUAGUCUGUAUAGAAGGUGUCCGACGCGCUCAUCCCACAAACCUUGUUUGUCUUGGAAUCUUCACUGUGACAAUGUCUCUGAUGCUGGGCUGCGUUUCCAGCGUAAUGAACGCCAACUUGGUGCUUAUCGCUGUUGGAGUAACCGCGUUCCUGGUCAUCGGCCUGUCUGUUUAUGCCAUUCAAACGAAAGUUGACUACACCGCCAUGGGCGGGGUCCUAGUCACAUUUGUGAUGUGCAUCAUCAUCUUUGGCUUGAGCAACAUGCUCAUGCCGAGCCUCACCGAAAAUAUAGUCAUGUCGUCAUUAAUGGCCAUUAUUGCCUGCUUCUUCCUCAUCUACGAUACACAACAGAUCGUCGGCGGGAAUCACGAAUAUCAGUUCAGUCCGGAGGAAUACGUAUUUGCCGCUCUCACACUGUACGUCGAUGUGGUUCGCAUUCUCGUAUAUAUCCUACGGAUUCUUCAAAAGUUCAACUAGUGGAUUGCUAAAAAGAUCCCACGACAGUAUCCUUUCGCAAGGCAGGAUCCGAUCCAUGCUCUGCUCUCAAUUUUAUGGACUUGUUAAUGUAUUUAUUUGCUGUAAGAUGAUAAGUGAUAAGUGAUCGAAAAGCAGUGCCAAGCCAACAGCGAUCGAAACAGAAUGUUACAUCGCAAUUGUUGCAACUAAUUUUGUUCUGCGCCUGGCGCAUUACGAGUGCAUGCCAAAGUGCUGUAUCCAAAAUAGAAAUACGACUGUUGCAUUAUUGGUAAUUCAA